CACCACGCCCCCGCGGUUGCUUCUCCCGCGAGGCACCGAGCGGACGCAGGGCCGGGCUGGGAUCGUCCGUUGGUCUCUGCAGGCCUGUGGCGACGAGGUCGCGUCCGUUCCAAGUCGGAACCGUCCCUCUGCCGCGCUGACGUGGCUCCCGGAAGUGAGGCUGGCGUAGGGCCGCCAUGUUGCAGCAGGACAGUAAUGAUGACACUGAAGAUGUUUCGCUGUUUGAUGCAGAAGAGGAGACAACCAAUAGACCAAAAAAAUCCAAAAUCAGACAUCCAGUGGCAUCAUUUUUCCAUUUAUUCUUUCGAGUCAGUGCAAUUAUAGUCUAUCUUCUCUGUGAAUUGCUCAGCAGCAGCUUUAUUGCCUGCAUGGUGACAAUUAUCUUGUUGUUGUCAUGUGACUUUUGGGCAGUUAAGAAUGUCACAGGUAGACUAAUGGUUGGCCUACGUUGGUGGAAUCAUAUUGAUGAAGAUGGAAAGAGCCACUGGGUGUUUGAGUCCAGGAAGGCAUCUUCUCAAGAGAAUAAAAGUGUUUCAGAGGCUGAGUCUAGAAUCUUUUGGCUAGGACUUGUUGCCUGUCCAGUGCUGUGGGUGAUAUUUGCCUUCAGUGCUCUCUUCUCCUUCAGAGUGAAGUGGUUGGCAGUGGUUAUCAUGGGUGUGGUGCUACAAGGUGCCAACCUAUAUGGUUACAUCAGAUGUAAAGUGGGCAGCAGAAAGAAUUUAACCAGCUUGGCUACCUCGUAUCUUGGAAAGCAGUUUUUAAGACAAAACACUGGAGAAGAUCAGAGUUCCUGAAUAGAGAGGAAGCUUAUAUGUUCUGUUACAUUGGGGAACAACCGAAGAGAUUCUUGGCCCUGAACAUUUUAGAGCUCAGUCCAUGUUGCAAAGAAGAGUCUUGGGUUUGUUUUUCCACUAAAGAAUUUUGUUUUAAAAAAGAAAAAGUAGUUUUCAUAUUAAGUUUUUAUUUUCUUUCUGGCAGUUGGGGCUAGAAAGUAUGGUGUCACUAGAAACAUUGUCAAAAUUUAUUUUAUGGUGUACAUAUAUAUGCACAUAGUCAUGUAAUAUCAGUAUAUCCGAAAUUAAUGAAACUUUUGUGUUCAUUUACGUAUGUAACGGAGAUCUUUGCAUUUUGGUCCAUAGAACAUAGGAGGAUGUUCUUAGUCUGUCUCAAAACUCUAUGUGUUUACAUAUUAUUUCUGUAGAUUAUUUUCAAAAGUAAGUUUUGCAUCCAUGGUGAGAAUGAGCACUUUGGCUAAUGUAUAAGUUAGAAAUAAUUGUUAGUUUUAAUACAUGGUGUAAUUUUUUUUCUUAGACAUAGACAAGCAAGUAAAAACCAAAUAUGGGCCAGUGGUGUUAACUAGUUUCUAAAUUAUUGUUUUUUUUUAAUUUGUAACAAGUCAUUUACUUAAGUCCCAAUUACUAUAAAAGGAAUCAUCAUAGUUUAUGUUUAAGGGAUACUCAGAGAUUGCUGUGGUUCUGUUUGUUUUAUGGAAAGGAUAGCCAGAUUUUACUUUGGAACUUUCUGGAAGCUCCUCAGUGGUCCUUGGGCUAAUAAAAUCUAUCUUUUACCACUAAAAGAAUAUUAUUCUUAUGUCAUAAUAAGAAUAAUCAUUUAAAUAGUUGGCAUAAUAAAUGCCUGAAAGACAUUUUAUUUGAUGAAUCUAUUUUUUUCUUCUUUUUGCUAUAAGGGGGGGUAUUGUAAAUCAUGAAUUUGUAUUAAUGAUCUUUCUUCAAACAAAGCAAUAUAUGUAACUAAACUAAACCAGUCUGUAGACAAUUGAAAGCAUCUGUAAAUCCUGUUGUAGUUACUGUAAACUUUGUUGGAAUCUUUUAAUCAGCAGAUUAUCUUAUGAGUAUAUUUAUACAUUGUUAAAAUUUUUAUAGAUGUUUUGUUUCAUUGAAUAAGUAUCUUUACUGGAGUGAUAGCUGUGAAGGUGCAUAACUUUAUAUUUGUAUAAAACUCUACUGUUUACAAAGCAUUUGGCAUGUGUAAUGUCAUUUAACCCUCAUGACAAAUAUGUGAUACCUUAGGUGAUGAAACUGAACUUCAGGUUAUUGAGUGACUUGCCCAGGGAAACAUAGAUGACAGGAAUAUGUGUAGGAUAUAAAACAGGAUAUUUAAAACAUCAGCCUGGCACGAUCCACGCCAUGGCAGGAUCCUAAAGGAGUCAGCUUGGGCUGCCCUCUCCGAGUUGGCAAGGCCGCUGGAGGGAGAGCUGCUGGCAAGGCCGUAGCUACGAGCACUUGCUACAACCAUAAGGGUUUCUGCCUCGGCUUUGUAGCUUUCGCCCUCUCUCUUUCGAUAUUUUGGUUAGCGUGGCAGUUCUCUGAAUUCCCAAAAGAUUAUAAAAAUAACACAAAUGACUUUGCAGUCAUUGAACUAAACAUUCCCACAGAGGAUCCGAGUAAAUUGGACAAUUUAAAAUUAUCCGCUUAUGAUAAAUUGACCACACCAACAUAUGUUCCGAAAGCACCGCUCAUGACUAAAUAUGAGCUGCAGCCUAAUGUAAGUUGGCAAACAUCAUUUACUGGAGAUUAUAUUAAUGGCAAGAGAAUGGUUGGUAUUAAUGGGAAAUUAUAUGGUUGGGAUAAAAAUAUAUGCUGUAAAAUUAUUAAACCUGCAAAAUUAGAUCUUAGAAGAAUAAGAGAGUACACUUGGUUUUGUGAAGGAUGGUGCUGUGCACAAUGACACUUUAAUAUUUAGAUCAAGAUUACAGGGCCACAGCAAAUGCAUAACCUCAAAAUGUGCAUGAUAAUGCUGCUCAAAAAUCCACUGUUCUUUUUACAUUUGGCUCCCACCCUGUUAACAGGGUGGAUAUUAACCACAGCUUGCUAACAGAAAAAGGUCACAAGAUAACUUCAAGACAAUGAAGGGAUGGUUUGAAUCUGAUAAACCUGAUUCCAGGAAAAAGAAGCAGGAGUUCAUCACCUAAGACGUGCUGACCUCUAAAAAAGUUUCCUCCCUGCUUUUUGGACUAUUGAUUUAAGCUUGCUGAUACAAUAAAAAUAAUACCCAAAACCCCCCUGCAGAGAAAAAUCUAAAUAAAAGGCAUUGUCUCAUGCUCUACUGGGCUCCAGCUGCAACACACUGACAGCCCGCAGAGAGAGAAUGUGCAUAUUGAUGCAUUGAGGUCUCUGUUCUGUGUUUGUUAUUUUUGCCGGCUUCCU